GACUAAUUUUACGGGGGCAAUUUGUCAGCCAUUCUCCCUCCCCCGCCCCCGCCAUCCCCGCCCUCUCCCUGCCGCGGCCAGGCUCGCUGCGCGGGGAUGCCUGUGCCACACUAGCCCGGACCCCGGCUCGGAAGGCUCGUUGUGAAAUCACUUUUCUCUGGGCCCUGGGGUUCAUGCCAGGCAGAGAUCACAGGCCUGGAGCUGGGCUGGCUGGGGGAGUGUAGGGGGAAGGUGCUCCUAAGGGCUGCCACCAAACAUCCCCCUCCCCCCCACAGCAUAUCAGAUUAACCCUUCCCUCUCUGUGCUAUUUUCCCCGCAGGGCAGACCCCACCCUUUUCCAGCAAUGCAGCGCCCCAACCCGCUCUCUGUCAGGCUCCCCAGGGCAAGGAGAUGCCACACGCAGUCAGUCUGAGCUGAACCCCAAAUUGGAGUGCCCUGGGGAGACAGUCUAGGAACGGGAUCAGCCAUGGAGGGGCUUAAUGGCCUCAAGGCCUGUCCAAAAGGCAUCUCCCAGGCUCUGGCUCAGGGAGGGCAGAGCUGCCUUGCUCCCUGUGUGGCAAAGGAGGGUGCCCCGGGGGAUCCCGAGUGGAGAGGGGAGCUGGUCCAGGGCCCAGGGCUCCCCAUGGAUGUGGCGGGAAAGGGGCUGGCCCUGGAUGGGGCAAAAGCAUCUCCUGAGGAUGGCUCUCCAAAAGGAGUCCAGGCCCUGUCUCCUCAUGGGACCAAGGGGAAUGAAGGUCCCCCAGAAGCCCCCAAGCUCCAGCAUCUUGCCAUGAGUGGGCUUAGUGGUGGCCACGGCCGCUCUGUCUCCAGCUCCUCCACCUGCUCCUCCUUCGAGUCCUCGCAGGAGUCCGAUGAGGUCUUCAGUGAGGAAGAGGAGAAGGGGAAGCCUGGGCGGAGGAAGAUGCUGAGAAAGACCAAGUCAUGGAAGACAUUUUUCACCAUGGUGCACUGGUCCCUGCGGCGUCACAGCUCCUGGGUGCAGCUGGCAGGGCAUGAAGGUAACUUCAAGCCUAGUGAGGGGGGCCAGAUCCUGAAGAAGUUCAGCACCGUGGAGAACACCUGCCUGGAGGCGCUGAUGGGUGACGCACUGCGGCCCUAUGUGCCUGCCUACCACGGUGUGGUGGUGAAGGACGGCGAGCACUACAUCCAGAUGGACGAUCUGCUGCGUGGCCUUGACGCACCCAGCAUCAUGGACUGCAAGAUGGGGGUGAGGACGUACCUGGAGGAAGAGCUGACCAAGGCCCUGCUGAAGCCGACCCCACGCAAGGAUAUGUACCAGAAGAUGGUGAAGGUGGAUCCAAGCGCUGCUACGGCCGAGGAGCACAGCCAGAGGGCGGUCACCAAGCCCCGCUACAUGCAAUGGCGCGAGCACAUCAGCUCCACCGCCUCCUUGGGCUUCCGCAUUGAGGGCGUGACAAUAGAGGGGGGAGCUGUGCAGAAGGAUUUCAAACAGACCCGGACCCAGGAGCAGAUCAUCGACACCUUCCUGAUUUUCACCAAGAGACAGGGGAGCAUCUUGAGAGCCUACCAGAGCCGCCUGGAGAGCAUGCGGAGCGCACUGCUCGAAUCAGCCUUCUUCCGCACCCAUGAGGUCAUUGGGAGCUCACUGCUCUUCGUCCAUGACCGCCAGGGCCGGGCCAAUGUGUGGAUGAUCGACUUCGGCAAGACACUGCCGGCACCGCCCCAGCUGGCCCUGCGCCAUGAUGUGCCAUGGACCCGCGGCAGCCACGAGGACGGCUACCUGAUCGGCCUGCACCACCUCACCCAAACCCUGCAGGCUGCGCAGCGUAGGCUGGGGCCAGAGGAGAUGCCAGCCCCCAGCGCACCCUGAGGACCGGGCAGCCACCUCCUCCGUGGAAGCCCCAGAGCUGCUCUCGCCCUGAGCCUUACGUUGUGGGACCCUGUGAGACCUCCUGGGGACGUGACUCACCCGCCUCCUCUCUAGGGCCGUUGUGGGGAAGCUGUGUGGGGCUCCCCAGGACCCCAGUGCAUCUUCGCUGACAUUGAUGGAGCCUCCCCCGGUGGGGCAGGGCUCAGUGGGUCUUUCCUCCAUAGGACACCCCAGGAGACACCACCACACUCAGGGUGCAGUAUAUGCAUCAGCCCAGCCUCUGAAAUCUGGGACCCGGCUCUCAGGCAGAAGGGUUCCACAGCCCGGAUUCAUGCUACUAACUCCUAACAGUCAGCACCAGGAGGGGACGGGCGGUGGGGUCAGGGCCCAGAUUGGCCCUGCUUCUACCAAUAGCCACAGCCUGGGGUGACCUUUAGUAGCAAUUGCCAACAAGCACCAGGCAGUGUUGGCCCUGGAUCUGGUUACCCAAAUUGGGGGAGGGAGUCUAAAACCCCCUUGGGCACCUGAAAUGGGAAGGAGAUUCUCUGCUGUGAAAUCAAGAUGACAGCGCCCCGCUGCCCCAGGCAGCCCUGAGGCUACGCCGCCCUGAGCAGCCUUUACUAGCCCCCUCUGCUGAAGCUUGAACUGGAUACAAAAAAACAUGUUAUGCAGUGUGCAGACAAACAGCUCCCAUGCCCCACCCCAGAGGUGGCUACCUCUCAGCACCAGGCAAGGGGUCCCUGUACAAACAGUCUGCGUGCCCCACCAUAGGUGGCUGCUCCUCAUGCUGGGAGGGGGAGAGGGGAGGUGAACAAACAAAAAGGGGUGGGGUGGAGGUGGAAUUUGGCCAAGAAAAACUGGAACAAUUAAAGCCCCAGCCAGUUAGCUUGGAGGAGCCGGUGCUGCUCCAGUUUCAGGGGAUCAGAAAUUAGGGCAGGGUUUAAAUUUAAGCCCCAGCAAGUUCUGUGAUUCUAGAACGGGGGUGGGAGGGAUGCUAGUUUUCCCCAUGUUGCUUCUUCAGCCACAACAGGAGGGGUCACCCCCCCCCAUGGAGGGAAAUUAAUGAGGUGUCAGUCCAGCCAAGCAGGUGCCGAUCACCUUACCCCAGAGGCUAGAGUUGGCCCCCCCACAGAAAGUGCCAGGAGCCCUUGGGAGCAGGACUGGCACAUCCCCACACCUGAGGUGCUGUGAUGCAGGAUCAUAAUGACCAGGAAAAGAUGGUGGCACAGGGGGGAGGUGGCUCCAUCUGUGGAGGUUACAACCCUCAAGCCCAGCUCACUGCAUCAUCCCCUUAAUAAAACCUUAGUGUAUCUUAACCCA